UUUGGUGCCGGGGCUGGAUCUGGGGGAUGUCCUUGGCCUUCCCUCUGGGCUGGAGGCAAAUCCCCUGCCUGUCCUUCUUCCUUCCUGCCCCAGGCCCCGAGCUGAGGACGGAGAGCACGGAGGACAAAUCCCCCCGGCAGAGCCUGGUGGGAGAGGCCGUUUUGAAGGGCUCCCCGGUGCAGGAAGGCAGCGGGGAGGAAAAGGCCCGGAGAUGCCCCUGGAGGAGGGGCUGCAAAGCCAGCCCAGGGAACUCUGAGGAGGAAAGACCCGUCCUGUGCCAGGAAGGCGGCCGGAGCUUAAACCGGAGCUCCGAGCUGGUGGUCCCUGAGCAGCCUCCCAGCAGGGAGAAGCCCUUUAAGUGCUUGGAAUGUGGGAAGAGCUUCAGGAAGAGCUGGAACCUCCUCAGGCACCAGCACAUCCACACUGGGGAACGGCCCUACACAUGUAGGGAAUGUGGGAAGGGCUUCAGGGACAGCUCCCACCUGAUCCGACACCAGCACAUCCACACUGGAGAACAGCCCUACACGUGUAGGGAAUGUGGGAAGGGCUUCAGGGACAGCUCCAAGCUCCGCAGGCACCAGCGCAUCCACACUGGGGAACGGCCCUACAAGUGUGGGGAGUGUGGGAAGAGCUUCACUGAUGGAUUCAACCUGAUCCAACACCAGAGUAUCCACACUGGUGAACGGCCCUACAAGUGCUUGCAAUGUGGGAAGAGGUUUAGGACCAGCUCACAUCUCCUCAUGCAUGAGCGGAUACACACAGGGGAGAGGCCCUUCCGCUGCACCGACUGUGGGAAGGGCUUCAAACAGAACUCCCACCUCGUCAGGCACCAGCGCAUCCAUACCGGGGAGAGGCCCUACAAGUGUGAGGAGUGUGGGAAAAGCUUCACCUGGAGCCGUUCCCUGACCCUACACCAACGGACCCACGAGAAAGAAAAGCCCUAG